AUGGAUGAGACGUCAGAAGAGAACACCAGGGUUGCAAACCAACAGGCACCUCCACCUGCCUGCAGCUCCCCACUACCACCUCCACCUGUUGGCAGCUCCCCACUGCCACCUCCACCUGUUUGCAGCUCCCCACUGCCACCCCCUGAUUGCAGCUCCCCACUGCCACCCCCUGAUUGCAGCUCCACACUGCCACCUCCACCUGUUUGCAGCUCCCCACUGCCACCCCCUGAUUGCAGCUCCCCACUGCCACCCCCUGAUUGCAGCUCCACACUGCCACCUCCACCUGUUUGCAGCUCCACACUGCCACCUCCACCUGUUUGCAGCUCCCCACUGCCACCCCCUGAUUGCAGCUCCACACUGCCACCCCCUGAUUGCAGCUCUCCACUGCCACCUCCACCUGUUUGCAGCUCCCCACUGCCACCUCCACCUGCCUGCAGCUCCCCACUGCCACCUCCACCUACCUGCAGCUCCCCAUUGCCACCUCCACCUGUUUGCAGCUCCCCACUGCCACCCCCUGAUUGCAGCUCCACCCUGCCAUCUCCACCUGCCUGCAGCUCCCCACUGCCACCUCCACCUGCCUGCAGCUCCCCACUGCCACCUCCACCUGUUUGCAGCUCCCCACUGCCACCUCCACCUGCCCGCAGCUCCCCACUGCCACCUCCACCUGUUUGCCCUGAUUGCAGCUCCACCCUGCCAUCUCCACCUGCCUGCAUCUCCCCACUGCCACCUUCACCUGCCUGCAGCUCCCCACUGCCACCUCCACCUGUUUGCAGCUCCCCACUGCCACCUCCACCUGCCCGCAGCUCCCCACUGCCACCUCCACCUGUUUGCCCUGAUUGCAGCUGCACCCUGCCGCCUCCACCUGCCUCUAGUUCCCCACUGCCACCUCCAUCUGAUUGCAGCUCCCCACUGCCACCCCCUGUUUGCAGCUCCACCCUGCUACCCCCUGCAGGGCAGGACCACCCUUCCCAGAACCCUCAACCUACGAGUUCUUCAUCUCUUUUCCCUGAGGACCUCUUCGGUCCCAUCCAGACGUCCAACACUCCGGUCCCUCUCGCAGGCACCUUUCUGAGCAGCUCCCCUGAGUCCCAGAGAGAUGUGGUCAAACAGGGUUAUCUUGGGAAGCUGGAGCGCGACCACAGGAGAUAUUUUGUCCUGAGAAGAGGGAGUCACAGUGGGCUGAGCCGACUUGAGUGGUACAAGAGUGAGGAGAUGUUCACCGCUGCUGAGAAGUCUUCUCGGAGAGCUGCACUGUUUGGCUCAGACAUAGAGGGGUAUGUUUCUCUGACUUUAACCAAACGCAGUAUAGUAUAGAGAUUAUGAGUGAAUUGUGUUUAAUUAAUUCCUGCUUCACAGCUUGGUUUUCCUGAGGUGCUGUAAUGGCCUGAGCCGGGUUCGCAGCUCCAGAAAAGGCCACACAGUGAUGCUGUACACCAAGGAUCAGACUAUAGUGCUGGUGAUGGAGGAUCAGAGGGAGCAGGAGGAAUGGUACCAGGCUAUAAAGAAGCUGAUCGAGGAGGAUCGGAGGGAUGACGACGAACAUGGAGAAGGGUAUAGUGCAGAGGAUGGCGGGUACUCCACUCUUACCCCUGCUGCUUUCUACAAAGAGGUCAGACAUAACUUUGACACCAAUGACUUGAAUGACUAUGACUAUGUGGUUCUCUUUCAAUGAAACUUCUUUGGUUAGUCAUGAUACAACAGUUUCAUAACAACUUGGUGUUCCUGUGAUAUUGGAGUUGUAAUCAGCAGACGUGUUUUUUCAUGUAUCCAUCAAAAUUCGACAAUGUAACUGCAGAUUUUAUCUUAACUGAUUUACUUCCAAAUGCUCUGGUUCACGGUGAGUGUUGUUCUACUUGCUCCUUUAACCUCCAUAUAUAAGGUUUGGCGUGUUACCAUAAAGCCUCGGGGUCUGGGUGUUUGCAAGUCCCUGGUGGGUGAAAACCGGCUCUGUCUCACUGCGUCAGCCCUCAUCCUGAUUAGAGUUGGCGUCAGCAGCAAUUUGCCUUCGGUUUCCAUACCGCUGCUUACUGUUCGGCGCUUUGGCCACUUGGAAGGCUUGUUCUUCAUGGAGCUUGGGAGGUCGGCACCGACCGGUGCUGGAGAGAUCUGGAUGGAGACUAAAGACCGAGGUAAGUAAGAAAAGAAAUAUUUGAUGGUUUUACUCAUUAAUUUUACUGUGACCUCUGGCUUUCAUUUGGUCUGGAUAGGAACCUCAGCAGUGGCCCAGCGCAUUCAUGAAGUCAUCCGUGAGACAGUAAGUGAGCUACGGGCUGAGUUCAUGCGGUCCUCGAUCUCCAAGAACAACCAACACUACCUGACCUUAAAGCGUAGACCGAGACACCAAGACAGACCAGUGAAUGUGAGACCGUUUGGUUCUUCCUGGGUCCUUCCUCCCAGAAGCCCUGAAGUUCAACCAAAAAGCUGCCUUAAGACCAAAAAAGGGGUCAAAACUGAACCUGAAUCCGCUUCGAGAUCCACACCUGAGACCAGUGGCUACAUGGAAAUGAAGAUUGCACAUCCUUUCCGUGCAAACACACCAAAUAGCGGUGUUACAGCUGGGAGAGAGGGCCGGGAGCCACGUGAAGAAGAAGAGGAGGAGGCGGUGUACAUGAUGAUGUCGCCACAGGUGAGCUCCAGCUCCCGUAAGCGGCCUCAGGGUGAUUACAUGCCAAUGUGGAGCCCACAGAAACACAACCUGCCUGCUGGCGCUUCCCUUCAGGCAUCAUGCAGCAGGUGAGCUGGUUACAGAAUUACCGUAAAUUCUCUAAUAGCUUAAGAAAGCUCAUUAAACAUUAUAUUUCCAAGCCAAGCAAAUGCAGCCUUUCCUACUUGUUUGAUUUUUUUCUUGCUAAAUUUGAUAUAAACCUUAAACAGAUAUGAGAAUAUAGGAGGAGGUGACACACAUUCCUUUUACUCUAAAAGAAACUUAAAAAUAUAAUUUCUUCUCCUUAUGUAGCUUCAUCUCUGAUGGCUACUCUCCAGAGCGCAAUCCACCAAACUGGCCAACCUCAGUCCAACCACGUGAAACAGAAUCAGAAGCUGGCCAAUCGCAGAGGAGCAUCAGCAUCCCCCGUCAGCAGAUCUCAGCUGAGCAGAAAUCAGCUGAGCAAGACCAGCUCCCAGCUCAGAGCAGGGUUACCUCAGCGCCUGUGAGGUAUCAGAGCAGGAGUGACACAAUCGUUCCUUUUACUGUAAGUGGGCAAAGCUACUCCAGAUCGGUCCAGGUUCAGCCAAAUCCAGGAACAGAGAAGUCUGUUCGAUUCGCACCAGAUCAAUCCACUGGAAGAUCUCGACUGGCUCGUUGUCUGCCUUGCUGCUUUAGGGCUGAGGAUUGA